ACAAGGCCUUUUUCGCUUAUCAAUCGGCAUUGCCCGUAUACGUGUGCUUAUGCCAUGACCGCGGGUAUACAUCUGGCUGCGGCUAUGCCACAGUCCUACAAUGGCGACGGGCCGGAACGAUUUCCACGCAGUAAAAGAAAAUAGUCACCCCACACCUCCAGUGACGGCCAUGUCGGUGAGCAUGAUGGCCUCCAGCAUGCUUCUCAACUUCGACGAAGGCAUAGCCCGCCGUCUGAACCGCUUCGUGCGCCACUUCGAGCCCCUGUCGUACGAGCCGCGACCCGUGCACCGAGGACACGUGCGCGUCAGGCGAUCGCUGGGCGCCAGCCACCCGCAGCAACAGCAGCAGCAGCCCGAGCACGUCUACGUCCGUUUCCAGGGUUUCAGCAGGUUGUUCCACCUGAAGCUGAAGCCAGACACCUCCGUAUUUAACAAGGACCUCGUCGUCGAAACUGCCAAGCUCGGCCGAGUGAAACCUAACAUCGAUCACAUCUACAGCGGCGAAGUAGUCGGCGAUCCCUCCAGCCGGGUAUUCGGUGGCCUGCACAACGGCGUGUUCGAAGGGUCCAUCCAGUCCCGCUGGGGCCGCUUCUACGUCGAAGGGGCGCACAAGUUCUUCGCCCGACGCACGCCCUUCCACUCGGUGAUGUACGCCGCCGAGGACGCUAGCAUGCCUCGCGCAGGAUGGUGCGGCGUACGCGGGGAGACCGCACGCUGGAUGCAGCAGCUAGCCGUCGCCUCGGCGCAGGCGCAGAAACCCGUCGUGAAGGCAAGGCGCCACAGCAGCGGCCACCGGGGCCACUGGAUAGGCCGGCGGCCCCUGGCGCACGAGCACAUUGAGGACUACUACAACGAGGAUGCCGACGACGUCGACGACGAUGCAGAGACGCUGGAUGGAGCCGGCGACGGGGAACGUGGCGCUGCCCGGCGGCGCACGUACCGCGUCUGCGGGCUGUACGUCCAGAUAGACCACCUGCUCUACCAGCAGUUCAACGAACGCGACAACGACCCUGUGCGCACGCGUCAGCGCCUCUCGACCCUCAUCGCGGGUCACGUGGCCCGAGCGUCCGACGUCUACCGGCACACAGACUUCAACGGCGUCGAGGACGUCACCUUCAACGUGCACAAUAUCAAGAUCAACGAUACCAAGAAGUGCCCCAGCGACAAAAACCCGUACUGCCUGGAUAAGAUGGACGCAGCCUUAUACCUGCUGACGACGGCCAAGUCCGCCAAUUACGACGAUUACUGCCUCGCGUACUCGUGGACCUACCGCGACUUCGACGAUGGCGUCCUUGGCCUGGCCUACGUGGGAAACUCGUCGACCCACAGCCAAGGGGUGUGCGACAAAAACAGACUGUUGUCCGAGGAUCCGACGCGACCUCAGCUCGGCCUGUCACAUCUCAGCUUGAACACGGGCAUGAUCUCGUUUGUCAACUACAACGCUUACGUGCCUCAGGCGGUCAGCGAGAUCACCUUCUGCCACGAGAUCGGCCACAACUUCGGAUCGCCCCAUGACGAGCCGGACAACAGCGAAUGCGUGCCCGGAAAGAAGCGCGGGGGCAACUACAUCAUGUACUCUCAAGCCAGCUCAGGAAUGGACCCCAACAACCGCUUGUUCUCCGAUUGCAGCCGCGGCAACAUCUCCGAAGUCAUCAAGCCCAUGGUCGACGGCACGUCACCCCGCGAGAACUGCUUCGAAGAGGAGAGCCAGCCAAUCUGCGGCAACGGCAUUGUCGAGGGCAAUGAAGAAUGUGACUGUGGCUACACGGAAACCGAAUGCCUCGAACCAUGCUGCUACGCGCGCCACAACUCUGUCAAGGCCCCGGGAUGCACUCUCAAGCCCGGCAAGUUAUGCAGCCCUACUGCCGGGCCCUGCUGCGACAAGGAUUGCAUGCCAAUGCCAACGACCAAGGAGUGCGACGCUGAGACUGAAUGCCGCGAGCGGGCUUACUGCACAAGCAAGAACGCCGUCUGUCCUCCCGGGAAGCCCAAGGCCAACCUGACCGUUUGCAACAAGCGCUCCCAGGUGUGCAUCAAUGGCGACUGUGCCGGUUCCGUAUGUCUCACGUUCGGAUUGAAGGAUUGCACCCUUGUCGGAUCGCAGUACAACGUCGACCAGAAGUGCCUAUUGGCAUGCGAGUCGGAAGACGGUAAAUGCAAGGAAGCGUGCCAGCACCCCAAAAUGAAGUCGUUCUGCGGGGUCAAGUUGCAACCGGGGGCCGUCUGCGAGGGCACCCGCGGUUACUGCGACGUCUUCCAGAAGUGCCGCCGCUCCGACGAGCGGGGGCCGCUGACGAGGCUGCAGCAGGCGCUAUUCGGCGGCCGGACCAUCAAUUCCAUCAGAGAUUACAUCAGCGUGCACCCGUUCCUGUCCCUCUUGUACCUCACACUAUUCGUGGCAUUCAUGGCGCUGUUCUUCCAUUGCUUCUCUGUCCACACGCCCAGCAACAACCCGCACAAGCCGAGCAGAAAGUUGAAGGAGACUCUGCGAAACCCGAAGAGCUUCUUCAUGAAACCGUGAAGCUGCACGGUGUGUUCCUCAAGGAAGCUGUGCCGCGUUGAUGGACGAGGGAGGCACACAUCGCAGGUUGCAUGAGGCAUCCUGGAGCAGCCUGUGACGCGUUGCAUCUUAUCUCAGAUGUGACGCCCGCUAUAUUACGAACUGUUCUUCACAAAACAUUUUAAUGUCAUGGCGUUCAUGUUUGUAGCUUAAGCGUUCCUAAAUGUUCUCUGUACGUUAUUCUCAAGACAAGGAAAAACGAUUAUUCGAUAAAGCCAUUUACUGUCUCGGUAAGACUCACCUUGCAGCACGGGUUUUGUGAAGCCUCGAACAGAAGUCCGAAGUAACGUAUUUCCGAAGUACCGAUUUAUCAUACUGUAAUUUCCGGACUAGAAACAACAGAUCUUCUUCCAUAUUUAUCUUUAUUCUUCAGCAAACUAUCAGUGCAGAGCUUGCUAAAGGGGCAGAGGGUAAAGGCUGAAAAUGCCUGAUGAAGGCUUCUGAACCUUUACACUUUUGCAAUGGCAAUAGCAUGCAAACAAAAAAAAAAGCAAAGCGAUGUUUUCUCUGCACACACGCAAAAACAUACCAAAGAAGCACGGAACAGAACGUCAUUUUACUUUUUACAAUAUCAAAACCAUGUACCAUGUAUGUGCAUAUCUGUGGUUUUAAUGUAGUUACUUUUCGCAUUUCAUUUUAUGAAAUACAUGUUUGCUGUAUAGAACAAAAAAUAAACAAACGUUACAUA